GGUCCCUGCGCCGGCGCUGCACAGUCCCUGGCGGGUCCCCGCGGCCCCGGCCGGGCGCUUCGCCGGGCUCCGGCUCCUGCUUCCGGGCGCAUCGUGCAGGCCGAGGCGCGGGCAGGCUGCCCCCGCCGCUCAGGACAUCGAUAGACCAUGAGCAGCCAUGGCAACAGCCUGUUCCUGCGGGAGAGCGGCCAGCGGCUGGGUCGGGUGGGUUGGCUGCAGCGGCUGCAGGAAAGCCUGCAGCAGAGAGCACUGCGCACGCGCCUGCGCCUGCAGACCAUGACCCGUGAGCACGUGCUGCGCUUCCUGCGCCGAAACGCCUUCAUCCUGCUGACGGUCAGCGCCGUGGUCAUCGGGGUCAGCCUCGCCUUUGCCCUGCGCCCCUAUCAGCUCACCUACCGCCAGAUCAAGUAUUUCUCUUUUCCUGGAGAGCUUCUCAUGAGGAUGCUGCAGAUGCUGGUGUUGCCUCUCAUUGUCUCCAGCCUGGUCACAGGUAUGGCGUCCCUGGACAACAAGGCCACGGGGCGGAUGGGGAUGCGGGCAGCUGUGUACUACAUGGUGACCACCAUCAUCGCGGUCUUCAUUGGAAUCCUCAUGGUCACCAUCAUCCAUCCAGGGAAGGGCUCCAAGGAGGGGCUGCACCGGGAGGGCCGGAUCGAGACCAUCCCCACAGCCGAUGCCUUCAUGGACCUGAUCAGAAAUAUGUUUCCACCAAACCUUGUGGAGGCCUGCUUCAAACAGUUCAAGACGCAGUACAGCACAAGGGUGGUAACCAGGACCAUCGUGAGGACAGAGAACGGGUCUGAGCUGGGUGCCUCCAUGCCUCCUCCGUUCUCAGUGGAGAAUGGAACCAGCCUCCUGGAAAAUGUCACUCGGGCCUUGGGCACCCUGCAGGAGGUGCUGAGCUUUGAGGAGACCGUACCUGUGCCUGGCUCUGCCAACGGCAUCAAUGCCCUGGGCCUCGUGGUCUUCUCUGUGGCCUUUGGGCUGGUUAUCGGUGGCAUGAAACACAAGGGCCGAGUCCUCAGGGACUUCUUCGACAGCCUCAAUGAGGCUAUUAUGAGGCUGGUGGGCAUCAUUAUCUGGUAUGCACCCGUGGGCAUCCUGUUCCUGAUCGCUGGGAAGAUUCUGGAGAUGGAAGACAUGGCUGUCCUGGGGGGUCAGCUGGGCAUGUACACCCUGACCGUCAUCGUGGGCCUGUUCCUCCAUGCUGGUGGCGUCCUUCCCCUCAUCUACUUCCUCGUCACUCACCGGAACCCCUUCCCCUUCAUUGGGGGCAUGCUACAAGCCCUCAUUACUGCCAUGGGCACGUCUUCCAGCUCCGCAACGCUGCCCAUCACCUUCCGCUGCCUGGAGGAGGGCCUGGGUGUGGACCGCCGCAUCACCAGGUUCGUCCUGCCCGUGGGUGCCACGGUCAACAUGGACGGCACUGCCCUCUACGAGGCCCUGGCUGCCAUCUUCAUUGCUCAAGUUAACAACUACGAGCUAAACCUGGGUCAGAUCACAACCAUCAGCAUCACGGCCACAGCAGCCAGUGUUGGGGCUGCUGGCAUCCCCCAGGCGGGUCUGGUCACCAUGGUUAUUGUGCUCACGUCGGUCGGCUUGCCCACGGAAGACAUCACGCUCAUCAUCGCCGUGGACUGGUUUCUUGACCGGCUUCGCACAAUGACCAAUGUACUGGGAGACUCAAUUGGAGCGGCCGUCAUCGAGCACUUGUCUCAGCGGGAGCUGGAGCUGCAAGAAGCUGAGCUCACCCUCCCCAGCCUGGGGAAACCCUACAAGUCCCUCAUGGCACAGGAGAAGGGGGCAUCUCGGGGACGGGGAGGCAAUGAGAGUGCUAUGUGAGGGACCCCCCAGCUCUGUCCCCUCCCAGAGAGGAGGGAAGGGGGCUGGGGAGGGGAGUCCUGGGGACACAUCUGUCGCCCAACUGACCGUGGGCUGAGCACACAUGUUCUGCUUGGCUUGUUUAGGGGGGAGGGAAAAGUGAAAUAAAGGAGCAGGAAUGAAAGGUAUAUAAGGUCUAUUUCUCUCUGAGCAUAUGCUGAGGACUUGAAGGAGGGCAUGAGCAAGGGAAGGGAAGAAAAGUUUCUCCUAGGUUUGGGGAGCAGGGAAGCCUCAGCUUCAACAAGAAGAGGGGUCAACUCAUGUUUCUUAUAUUCUCAAAGAGUGGCAGAACUGAAGAGGGUAAAGAAAAACCAUUAUUUCUUUUAACAAAACAGUAUCCGUGGUCUCUAUGUCAGGGGUCCCCGAGACCACCUUUAGGUUCAGCAAUUCACUAGAAAGACUCACUGAAUUCAGGACAGGUACUGUGACUCACCUGCAAUCCCAGCACUUUGAGAGGCCGAAGCAGGAGGAUUGCUUGAGUCCAGGCAUUUGAAACCAGCUGGGAUAACAUGGUAAAACCUCGCCUCUACCAAAAGGUACAAAAAACUAGCCAAACGUGGUGGUGUGCACCUGUAGUCCAGUUAUUCGGGAGGCUGACAUGGGAGGAUGGCUUGAGUGCCACAGGAGAAGGCUGCAAUGAGCUGAGAUUGCACUAUUACACUCCAGCGGGGUGACAAAGCAAGACUUGGUCUGGAAGAAAGAAAAAAAAAGAAAAGAAAAUUUUCAGCUCCAUUAUAAUCUGAUGGGUCCAUCAUAAUAUACGUGGCCUGUCAUUUGCCAAAACGUCACGUGGGGCGUGACCUCAUACCAAUGCUUCAAGAUGAUAAAAAACAAAUUCACUAAAAUAAGAUGCUACUAUAUUAUACAAGUGAUAUUAAAAUCAAUGAGGGGACCAGGUGUGGUGGCUCUCACCUGUAAUCCCAGAACUUUGGGAGGCUGACGCAGGCAGACCACUUGAGGUCAGGAGUUUGAGACCAGCCUGGCCAGCAUGAUGAAACCCCGUCUCUACUAAAAAUACAAACAUACAAGAAUUACAGGUGUGGUGGUGCACACCUGUAAUCCCAGCUACCUGGGAAGCUGAGGCAGGAGAAUCACUUGAACUCAGGAGGUGGAGGUUGCAGUGAGCUGAGAUUGUACCACUACACUCCAGCCUGGGCAACAAGAGUGAAACUCAGUCUCAAAAAAUAAAAUAAAAUAAAUAAAUCAACAAGGAAAGAAAAGGUGUUGAAAAAAUGGUAGUUGGAUAAUUAGUUAUUAACUGGGGACCAAAGUCAAGUUAAAUUCCUGUCUUAACAUCAACUACCAUAAUAGAAUGAAGUUGGAGGAAAAUGUGAAAUAGCAGUAGACUUCUAGAAAAAAGGAGAGAUUAACCCUCUGAGCAGAAAUCCAGAUAGAAGAAAGAAAAAGGAAGACAGAAAAUAAUUGAUGGACUCAAACAUGUGAGACAUCUGCAGGUAACACAGUAAAGAUAAUAAAAGAUGAAUGGAAAGCUAUGGAAAAUAUUUAAGAAACACAUACAUCAAAGAGAUACCUGCACCCUCAGGUUAUUUCAGCAAUAUUCACAAUAGCUAAGAUUUGGAAUCAAACUAAGUGUUCAUCAACAGAUGAAUGGAGAAAGAAAAUGUGUCGCAUGUACACAACAGAGCACUAUUCAGCCAUAUAAAAUAAUGAGAGAUCCUAUCAUUUGCAACAACGUGGGUGGAACUGCAGGAAAUUGUGUUAAAUGAAAUAAGCUAGGCAGCUGGACGUGGUAGCUCACACCUGUAAUCCCAGCACUUUGGGAAGCUGAGGCAGGCAGAUCACCUGAGGUGAGGAGUUCAAGACCAGCCUGGCCAACAUGGUGAAACCCCAUCUCUACUAAAAAUACAAAAAUUGGCUGGGUGUGGUAGUGGGUGCCUAUAAUCCCAGCUACUCAGGAAACUGAGGCAGGAAGAAUAGCUUGAAUCCGGGAGGUGGAGGUUGCAGUGAGCCGAGAUCUCACCAUUGCACUCUAGUCUGGGUGACAAGAGCGUAAGUCUAUCUCAAAAAUACAAAACAAAACAACAACAAGAAAAGAAAUAAGCCAGGCAAGAAAAACACAUAUUACAUGUUCUCGCCCGUAUGUGGGCGCUGAAAAAACUGAACUCAUGGAAACAAAGUAGAAUGAUGGUUACCAGAAGCUAGGAGGGGUAGUAGGGAGGGAGAAUGAAAAAAGGAUAAUGGGCACAACCUACAGUCAGAAGGAAUAAAAUCUAGUAUUUGGUAGCAUGAUAGGGUGAGUAUGCUUAACAGUAAUUUAUUGUAUAUUUCAAAAUAACCAAAAGAGUGGAAUUGGAAUGUUCAUAACACAAAGAAAUGAUAAAUGCUUGAAGUGAUAGAUACCUCAAUUACCUUGAUUUGAUUAUUAUGUAAGUACGUUUGUGUAAAAAUUUCAUACAUACCCCACAAAUAUGUACAACUAGUAUGUAUCCAUAAUGACUAAGAAUAAAACUUCAAAAACUAA